ACUUCUAUUACCUUAGUUCCAGAACCACAUCAAGAGCUCUUAAAACGAAGAAGACCGUUAAGGUUCCAAAGAUCGUGUUCUGGUCUACUGAAUUCGUUUCCUGGAGUGGAACCCGAGGGUUUGCUUCUAAAGAUCCUAAAGUUGGGGCGCUGCGCUGCUGGGGGUUAGGGCGAGGAUGGCGGCAGAGAACGAGGCUAGCCAGGAGAGUGCCCUAGGCGCCUACUCACCGGUGGACUACAUGAGCAUCACCAGCUUCCCGCGGCUGCCCGAGGACGAGCCAGCGCCUGCGGCCCCACUGAGGGGCCGCAAGGACGAGGACGCCUUCCUGGGAGACCCGGAUACCGACCCGGACUCCUUCCUGAAGUCCGCCCGGCUACAGCGGCUGCCUUCGUCCUCAUCCGAGAUGGGCAGCCAGGACGGGUCACCACUACGGGAGACACGCAAGGACCCAUUCUCAGCUGCAGCGGCCGAGUGCUCCUGCCGCCAGGAUGGGCUCACGGUCAUCGUCACCGCCUGCCUCACUUUUGCCACGGGUGUGACUGUGGCGCUGGUCAUGCAGAUCUACUUCGGGGACCCCCAGAUCUUCCAGCAGGGUGCUGUGGUGACGGAUGCCUCCCGUUGUACAGCGCUGGGCAUGGAGGUGCUCAGUAAACAAGGCUCUUCCGUGGAUGCAGCUGUGGCCGCAGCCUUGUGUUUGGGGAUCGUGGCUCCACACAGUUCUGGCCUGGGCGGUGGGGGUGUGAUGCUGGUUCAUGAUAUCCGACGGAAUGAGAGCCACCUGAUCGAUUUCCGGGAGUCCGCACCAGGGGCCCUCCGGGAAGAGGCCCUGCAGAGGUCCUGGGAUACCAAGCCUGGGCUCUUGGUGGGGGUCCCCGGAAUGGUGAAAGGGCUACAUGAAGCUCAUCAGCUCUAUGGCAGGCUGCCCUGGUCCCAAGUCCUGGCCUUCGCAGCAGCUGUGGCCCAAGAUGGCUUCAACGUGACCCAUGAUCUAGCCCAUGCCUUGGCCCAGCAGCUGCCUCCCAACGCAUCCGAACGUUUCCUGGAGAUUUUCCUGCCAUCGGGCCACCCACCUUUGCCUGGCUCCCUGCUGCGACGGCCUGAUCUAGCCGAAGUACUGGAUAUACUUGGCAUCUCUGGCCCUGCUGCCUUCUACAAUGGCGGCAACCUCACGUUAGAGAUGGUGGUCGAGGCUCAGCAUGCAGGGGGUGUCAUAACUGAAGAGGACUUUAGCAACUAUAGCGCCCUCACGGAGAAGCCUGUGUGUGGAGUGUACCGAGGCCACCUGGUUCUCAGUCCCCCACCCCCACACACAGGCCCUGCCCUCAUCAGUGCUCUCAACAUCCUAGAGGGUUUCAACCUUACCAGCCUGGUGUCCCGUGAGCAGGCGCUUCACUGGGUAGCGGAGACCCUGAAGAUUGCAUUGGCCCUGGCUAGCAGACUGGGAGACCCUGUCUACGAUUCUACCAUCACCGAGAGCAUGGAUGACAUGCUCAGCAAGGUGGAGGCUGCCAACUUCCGGGGCCACAUCAGUGACUCUCAGGCAGCCCCUGCCCCACUCCUGCCUGUCUAUGAGCUGGACGGGGCGCCCACAGCUGCCCAGGUGCUGAUCAUGGGCCCUGAUGACUUCAUUGUGGCUAUGGUCAGCUCCCUGAACCGGCCUUUUGGUAGUGGCCUCAUCACUCCCUCUGGGAUCCUACUCAACAGCCAGAUGCUGGACUUCUCCUGGCCCAACAGGACUGCUAACCACUCUGCACCCAGCCUGGAGAACUCGGUACAGCCAGGGAAGCGGCCCCUCUCUUUCCUGCUGCCCACUGUAGUCCGACCAGCAGAGGGCCUCUGCGGGACCUACCUCGCUCUGGGGGCCAACGGAGCCGCCCGAGGCCUCAGUGGCCUGACCCAGGUUCUCCUGAAUGUCCUGACAUUGAAUCGGAACCUGAGUGACAGCCUGGCCCGAGGACGCCUCCAUCCAGACCUGCAGUCCAACCUCCUGCAGGUGGACAGUGAGUUCACCGAGGAAGAGAUUGAGUUCCUGGAAGCCAGGGGUCACCAUGUGGAGAAGGUAGAUGUCUUAUCCUGGGUCCACGGCAGUCGGAGAACCAACAACUUCAUCAUCGGUGUAAAGGACCCUCGGAGCCCAGAUGCAGCCGGAGCCACCAUCCUGUAGAGCAUUGGGGUGGGCGGGAUCUCUGCUCCCCGCCUUUGCAUGUUCCUAGAGUCCCUCUUUCUCCCAGGGUUGGUCUCAGGGGGACCCCACGGAUGCCUCAGAUCAGGGGCCAGAGGGGAUGCUUAGCAAACCCUAUCCCAGAGUAACUGGAAAAUUCUCUAACUGGAGGCUUUUGGUGGUAAUGGUGACGUCAGUGUUCAUGACCAGGCAGGCAGGACCUUGAGGAGUCAGACUGUCUGUCUGUCUCUUCUCCUCUCACAGCCAUGCUGCCCUUGAGCUUAGGGAUGUGCUUGCAAACCCUUCUCAAGGGUCUCACAACCCCAACACCUUCAGACUGGUCUGACCUAGGCCUUGUCUUCCAGCUCCUGUACCUGGACCCAUUUCUUAAGUGACUAGGAUUUUUUAAAAUAGGCCAUCAUAGGGAGAGGUAAUCGUCCCCUUCCACCAGGUUGAGGCAGGGGCCUUGCAUUUGAAGGUUCCCAGGCAGUCGGGUAGGGGUGGGGGUGGGUAUCAGCUCAGGGGCUUCCAUUUGCAAAAGGGAAUUAAAGAAAGAAUAUUGCUUAACCAUGACUCUGGCUUGAUCUCUGUCUAACUGAUGUGGUGAUUGCUUUCUCAAUGCUUUGAUAGAACACCUGACAAGAUGCAACUUAAGGCAGAAAGGAUUUCAUUUGGCUCGCAGUUCGAGGGAAUCUCGUCCCUCAGGCAGGGGCAGCAUGACAACAGGACAGCUCUGAGCUAUGGCAGGGAAGCUUGCUUACACCUGGGCAGAUCAGAAAGUAGAGACAACACUGGAAUGACAGGGUCAGUAAUUAAACCUCAAGCCUUAUUCUCCAGAGAUCCUUUUCCUCCAGCUAGAUCCUACCCCGCCUCCCCAAGGGUUCUAUAACCUCCAAAAAUGUCAAGGCAUGCCCAGCUAGGGACCAAGUGCUCAAACAUGUGGGGUUGGAAGUGGAAGUGAGAGAGGAAACCUUGGCUCACCCUGUCUCAGAGGCCUGUGACACCA